UUUUCAAGCCUGUCUAACAGAUUGGCUCUGAGUGUUACACCAAAGACCAUCCAUAUUUAUUAGCUACCUUUCCCUCUCUCCCUCCCUUCCUCCUUCUCUCCUUCUCUCACAGUCCGCACCUCCCUUCCUCCUUCUCUCUCUCCUGUCUCCCUCCCUCUUUCCUAGCAGCACUGAGCCUCAGUUAUACCCACAGAGGAGAAUGCAUGCGUGUGGGUUCUGAGGCAGGCACAUUAAGCACAGGUGCCUUCCCAGCUAUGUAUAUGCAGGGGGAACAUGGAGAUGUUUUCUUUCUGAAGACCAGCAGCCUAAUGUUUUAAAAAGCAUAUUUCAAGGGAAUCAGUAUAGAUGCCUUGCUGGUACCCCAUUUUUUGGGUAAGAGAAAAAAGCAGCCCUGGAGAAAAGACUUCUUUAUAGUGGGGACGAGAAGAAUCGUAUCACCCCAUUUUUGCAAGAUGUGGGGGACAGCUGCAUGCCUCUUCCACACCAAACCUCGGCUUCCCCCACAUUUUUAUUCUCUCCCUCCCAUGGAUUAACUGCCUUUUCUGGAUGGAUAACCAAGCGGCUCACUACUUCUGAUCUAGGUUUCGUUUCCUUCUGUAAUCACCAUUUGGAUGCUACAGAAGAGGCACUGAGCGCACAUCACUAAGAAACCAGGCAAAACUGGGGGUGACCAGCCCUCUCCCUUGUAGACCUGCACCUUCUUGAAGCUAACAUGGGAUGUAACAUGUGUGUGGUUCGCAAACCAGAGGAGCAUUACAAAGUGAUGCUGCAGGUAAAUGGGAGGGACCUGUCUCGCCUCUCACAGGAGCAGACAUUGGAAACACUGCGUGCAAGUAAGGAUCCCCUGCUCAUCCAGGUGCUGAGACGCAGUCCACGUAUGAAAGGAUCGCUGGCAGCCUCUUCCCAUGACCUGCACUUUGUGGACAAUGGGACACAGACAGACAUCACCUUUGAGCACAUUAUGACUAUGGGCAAGACAAGGCCUCCCAGUCCCGCCAUGGUGGUGCUGGAGCCAUAUGUACUCUCAGAGCUGCCUCCGAUUGGCAAUGAGUAUUAUGACCAGGCUGAGUAUAUGGAAGGCGUACAGCCAGAAGCAGAGCGCACCGAUGAACUGGAAUACGAGGAAGUGGAGCUGUGCAAGUCUACUCACCAGGACAAGCUUGGGCUGACUGUGUGUUACCGCACAGAUGAUGAAGAGGACCUAGGGAUAUAUGUGGGGGAGGUGAACCCGAACAGCAUUGCAGCCAGAGACGGACGGAUAAGGGAAGGUGAUCGUAUUUUGCAGAUUAACGGAAUGGAUGUACAAAACAAAGAGGAAGCGGUGGCCAUUCUAACGCAAGAGGAAAGCACAAAUAUUUCUUUGUUGGUUGCUCGUCCAGAGACCGAGAUGGGAAGGCGAUGGAAAGAUAGUGAUAGAGAGGAUUUCCUGGAUGAUUUAGUUUCUGACAAUGAGGAGGAACUACAAGCACAAAGGCUGAACUCCCCACCUCAGCAACAGGCUGAGAUUGAGGAUGUUCAGGCCAGCCCCAAAUCUCCCCGGCCUUUCCCUCACCCUGCAGGGCUAAGCAGGAGCCAGGAACUAGACAGUGGUGUGGGGCGGACAGAUGAGAGUACUCGCAAUGACGAAAGCUCUGAACAUGACCUCUUGGGAGAUGAUCAAACAAGCAAUGCCAACACUCCAGGAAGUCAACGUCGCCUGCGAUUCCUUCGGGGUGACUCGCAGCACCCACUGCAAUGCAGAGAAUUCCAUCACAGCCUAGAUUCAUUGCUGGCAGCAGAUGGCUCAGCUCCUUACAAUGAGAUUCUUCCACCAGCAGCUGGGCUGACCGACGAAGAGUAUGAAAGAUACCGUGAGCUUUUGGAGAUAACAUGCCACCUAGAGAAUGGUAACGGGCCUGCUUUCCUCUAUGCUUCCCGCCAAGGUGGGCUAGACGUAAACCGCAAUGAGAGUGUUCUUCGAGAAAUGGCUGUGUUGGAGGAGGAGUUACGCCACCUGGAGUUCAAGUUCCGAAAUGUUUUAAGGGCGCAAAAAAUGCAACAACUUAGGGAGCGUUGCAUGAAGGCUUGGCUUAUGGAGGAAGAAGACAGUCUUUAUGACUUUGGAGGAGGUACCGCGAACAGUGAAGCCUCCACAAAACUGCCAGAUAUCACUGAGUUGCCUGAGCGCUCAGACAAGGACAGCACCAGUGCAUAUAACACUGGGGAGAGCUGCAGAAGCACACCUCUCAUGAUGGAGCCUCCUUUGCCAUUGGAGAGUCCAAUUAGAAGGAUUAAUGACCCUAGCACUGCAUCAGGUGCAUUCUGCCAGCCAACAGAAGGUCACUGCUCCAAUGCCAACAUGAACAGACUGCAUGCUAAAAAUGUGCCACCCUAUCCUGGAAGCCCUGAGCAUGUACCUUCCAAAUUCCGUUCACUUUGUCGUGAAGGCAGACACCCUUCAGAGGAAAGAUUACGGAGGGGUACAAAACCUGUGACUGAGCUGGAUAAAGGCAGCAGAGAAAGCAGUCCAUAUCUCAGCAGGCGCCAGCGUUCCCAAGGAGGGGACCGUUACCGUAGUUGCUUGCAGUUGGCACAACCAAGGAGCCUGGAUGAGUUGGAUGCUGACCCCACCUGUGGUAAAAGUAUAGGGGCUUCACAGGGCACACAGUCCCAAGCAGAGCCACGCAUGGAAUGGAAAGUAAAAAUCAGGAGCGAUGGUACACGUUAUGUUACCAAGCGCCCUGUGAGAGACCGCUUGCUGAAAGCCCGAGCAAUGAAGAUCAAAGAAGAGCGUAGUGGGAUGACCACUGAUGAUGAUGCUGUAAGUGAGAUGAAGAUGGGCCGCUACUGGAGCAAAGAGGAUAGAAAAAGACAUUUAAUGAGAGCACGGGAGCAAAGGAAACGACGGGAAUUCAUGAUGCAGAGCCGACUGGACUGCCUGCGAGAACAGCAACAACAACAAGGCUUAGAAGGCAAAGGGGAGAUGAGCAUUAUUGCUCUGAGCCACCGUAAGACCAUGAAGAAGCGCAACAAGAAGAUACUGGACAACUGGAUCACCAUCCAAGAGAUGUUGGCUCAUGGGACUCGAUCAGCAGAUGGCAAGAGGGUCUAUAACCCUCUUCUCUCUGUUACCACAGUGUGAGCUACAUGGCAGAAUGUAUGAUUACAGUCCUCUUUGCCAAAUAAAAGGUUCUUUAUGAUUCAUUGCCACUGUCCCUUCAUGUUAACCUUUUCAUGUUUCUUACACUCCACUUACAGUUCCAUACACUCUCUAGAAACUUCUUCCUCUUGCAUUCUGUUUUUGAAGGAGACCUCAGAAAAGUUAACACAGGGUGAACGCUCAUACCAGCUUUUGUACAUUUUUUGACUUGUAAAAGACUUUUUCAGCUUCUUUAAAUCUUAAGCCUAUACCUUCCAAACCACUUGAUGGCAUAUGUAUGUUAUAUGGGUUAAGUAGACAACAUGGUCCAUUCCUAGACAAGACUCUUUCUUAAAUGGGACCCAGGCUUACAUGGAUUCCCAGCUUGGGCUGAUGCUCCUCUAGAAUGCCUCCAUAUGAUACACAACAAGAGAAUUCAUGCCACUCUUCUUAAUGAAAACAAUUGUGACAUCUCCAACUUGCUAUAUGUCAUCCUUUGCCUGUUUGAAGAAAUAUGGUCAUAACAAUGUAUGUAUCUUACAGAUGAAUAACUGUCACCCCAUGGAUAAGAGCACAUAAGACGACUGUGAGAACAGUUCUUUGAUUUUUAAUAAAGGACUAUAGCACAAAGUCAGAGGUGGCUGUGGUAUCUGGAUACAAGACUUGCCUUCCUUAUUAACCCUGCCCACCCCGUGCAGGCUCAUGUCUUAGAAAACAAUUGUCUGUUGUUAUUUCCACUGUGAUUGUGACCUCUGUUUGAUUCUAAUUCUUGUUGAGUUGCCACUCUAUUGUUUGUCCUGGAAUGUGUGAUAAAUGGAGAGGGCGAUGCAAGUGAAACGUACAGUGCACUGACCCUUCACUCCUCUUAUUUUUUCUCUUUUACAUUUUAAAGCCUGUUGGUCUCUGAUCCUUUCAAAUUAUUGAUUUCCAUAGAAUCUUAUAUAGCUAUGUGGGAUGAACAACUACAUUUUCCUACCUUGCAAAUUUCUUUCUGUGUACUGCUUUAGAAUAGGACAACUUGUCCUUAAAGAACAUGGGAGAUGUUAUUUAAAAGCUUUCAAGGAUUUUUUUUUAUUAAAAGACAAAAAAAAGUU